UCAACAUCAAUAAAAACUUUAGAAGGCAAUGGCAAUAAAUUUCAUUACAAUUCUCUUCUUUUUGCCUUUGUUGGCAAUAAAUGUUAACGCUCAGGGGCCCAUGACAUAUGAUAUCACAAAGUAUGGUGCAAAAUCUGGUGGAGAUAUCAGUCAGGCUCUAAUGGAUGCUUGGAAGGAGGCAUGCAAUUCAACUUCCCCAAGCACAAUAGUGGUACCACGAGGAACCUGGUCUCUUAGUCAAGUGAAACUAUUAGGCCCCAAUAAGGCCCCUCUCGAGCUUCAAGUCCAAGGAACCUUGCAAGCCAAUCCUAAUCCCGGUCAAUUGCCUAAUAAAGAAGGUGAAUGGAUCACUAUCAAUUAUGUCAAUUAUUUCACCCUAUCAGGUGGUGGAGUUUUUGAUGGUCAAGGACAAGAAGCCUGGAAGCAAAACGAUUGCCACAAAAAUAGAAAUUGUGCCAAGCUUCCCAUGAAUCUUAGCUUCAAUUUCGUCAACAACUCCAUAAUUCGUGAUGUGACCACAAAAGAUAGCAAGAAUUUCCACGUGAAUUGUAUAUCGAGCCAUAAUGUGACGUUCCUCCGAUUCACAGUUUCAGCCCCUGGAGAUAGCCCAAACACUGAUGGUAUCCAUCUGGGUCGUGACACGAUGAUCAAUAUCAAAGAUUCCAUCAUAAAAACAGGAGACGAUUGUGUCUCAAUUGGAGACGAGAGCAAAGAAAUUCACAUCCAGAAUGUAACUUGUGGUCCAGGACACGGUAUUAGCGUUGGAAGCCUUGGUGGGUAUGCAGAAGAAAAGGAUGUGCAAGGGAUAUAUGUGACAAAUUGCACCUUUAUUGGCACAACAAAUGGCGUCAGGGUGAAGACAUGGCCCUCUGCCCCAGCAACGUUGACUGUCAGUGAUUUGCAUUUUGAAGAUUUAAUCAUGGAUAAUGUUAGCAGUCCCAUUAUCAUUGAUCAAGAAUAUUGUCCACACAAUCUUUGCAAAAAAGAUAGACCAUCAUCUAUCAAGAUCACUAACGUCAGCAUUAAGAACGUACGGGGCACGACAAAUACUGCAGAGGCGGUGACGUUUAUUUGCAGUGGUCUUAAGCCAUGCGAGAAUGUAGAGGUGGGUGACAUUGAUCUUACAUAUAAUGGAAAUCAAGGUCCUAUCACCACCAAAUGUGCCAAUGUCAAACCCAAAUUUGUCGGCAAGCAGAAUCCACCAGUGUGUGCCACUACUGCCCAGUCUGCUUAAUCAGUUUCUUUCACAUCAAUUUCAUAUACUUUUUAGUUGAGAAUAAAAUUUUUGUUUCAAUUAGCCUCUUGAAGACUAACUACAAUUUAUUGGGAGUUUAGCUCAUAAGAGAAGUGACCCACUUUUAUUUUCCCCUGACAUGAUGAACAAUGUAAAAAUAAAAUUGGAGCACUUCCUAAACCUGUGAGUUCUUUUAGAUGACAACUUUGCUAUUAAGUAAAUUAUUGAUGUACGUUAAGUAUUCGUGUGACUAAUUGUAAAUCAUAUUUAAAAUUUUUCAA